CCCCGCCCCGCCCCGCCCCCGGACCCUCGCCAGCCUCGCCCCCGCCCGGUCGGCCGAGCCCACCUCCCCCAGCCCGCGACUGCGCUCUGGGCCCUGCGCGCCCCGCCUCCACCCGCGACCUGCACCGAGGCGGCACCGAGGAGCGUAAGCUCCCCCCGCCGCUCCCCACCGGGCCCAAGGCAGCGAGAGGCGGAGUCCUUGAGCCUGGGCUGUGGGCUCCAGGUGGGCUCUGGGGAGAGGAUGAAGCAGGCCCUGGUGGACGAUACUGAGGACGUGUCCCUGGACCUUGGCAACGAAGAGGAGCUGGCCUUUCGGAAAGCCAAGAUUAGGCACCCGUUGGCCACCUUUUUCCAUCUGUUUUUCCGAGUGAGCGCCAUCGUCACCUAUGUGUGCUGUGACUGGUUCAGCAGAAGCUUUGUGGGCUGCUUUGUCACUGUGCUUCUCCUCCUGUCCUUUGACUUCUGGUCUGUGAAGAACGUGACCGGGAGACUGCUGGUGGGCCUCCGCUGGUGGAACCACAUAGACGAAGACGGGAAGGGCCGCUGGAUUUUUGAGGCCAGAAAGGCGUCCCCGCAGCGCAGCGUGGCCACAGAAGCAGAGGCGCGCAUCUUCUGGCUUGGCCUCGUCAUCUGCCCGCUGAUUUGGACCGUGUUCUUCUUCAGCACCUUGUUCUCCUUGAAGCUCGAGUGGCUGGCCCUUGUGACAGCUGGGAUUUCUCUCCAAGCUGCUAACCUCUAUGGCUACAUCCUUUGUAAGAUGGGAGGUGAGAGGGACAUCGGCAAAAUCACAGCCAGUUUUCUGUCCCAGAUGGUGUUCCAGACGGCCAGCCCAAGGGACUUCCAGAAGCCUGGCCUCAAGGGGCUGGAGAUUCACAAGCAUUAGGAGCUGAUGAGGUGCUCUUCUUUUGGCUGAUGGAGACCACAGAACUCCUGGAUUUCUGGAACACGAGACACAGAAGCAGUGACGAUGAGGCAGUGCCUCGGGCAGCCGUGCUGGAGAGGGCUGAACCCCCAGAUGGCCUUACUCCCAAAACAGCCCUGUUCUGCUGCUGCCCUGUCUCCCAUUGGCUCAUUCCACAGAUCAAGAAUCCUGGGAAUGCUGGUAUUGGCCCCGGACACCAUCUUCCUAGGUAAAAGGAACUCCACCGUGCGCCAUGAGCCUAUAAGCUUUAACAACUGACCCCUCCCAGCCCCCCUGAAAUCCAGGCUUCCAAUGGCCGCCCACCAAUGGAGUCAGGUCGGCACAGGUUUGUUUUUUUCCUUUAACCAGUUUCUCACAGACGCCUGGCUUCCUGGGCUGAGGGUCAUCCCAGCCCCUACUAGCCCUCCCGUCCCCACCUGAGGCUGCAUGGCAGUGACCCUAAUGCUCCACAGAUGACCCUAGACAGGAUCUUCUCCCACUCAGCCCCACAGCCCUCUGAGUUCCCAGGACUCACACGCACACGUACUUUGAAUGAUACCUCUGUAGGCUAAAGCAGCUGGGGAAUCCGGUGCAUCAAUCAAAAAAGACUGUCCUUUGUCACAACUCUUACCUUGAGAUAAAUGAAAAAACAUCGGUGAAGACAGUGGCCACACAAACUGGGGGUUCUUUCUGGUCAUGUGACCUUAGGAAGGCCUUGAGCCUCACCGGACAAGAGCAAAGCUGAGAAACACACAAAAUGAACAGGAGUGUACAAGACGUGGGUUCCACCUGGUGCGUUUUCCACGGCAGCGGCCACCUGUCUGCUGGGCUUUCCCGGCACCCUCCCAAGGACACACAGUGGGGUCCUAGGAUCCAGGUGCCACGGUGCACGGACCUCUGGCAGUGGUCGGAGACCCUGGCAGGCAGGUGCUCUUUUCUCCCCCUAUCCUGGGCAGAACCCCAUCAGCCUACCCAGCACUGCUGGAGAAGCAGGUCUGUGGUUCUGCUCCCCCAACCUUAGGUGGGCCGUGGCAAGGCCAAGUGCCGAACUAUCCCUUCCUCACUUCCCCUCGUACUUGGGCACAGGGCCACGGAAACCGAGGUGGGGGGGGGGGGGUGCAGGGAGGAUCCAAGAGGAGAGGGGGUUGGCAGAGGUGGAGCCCAGAUGAGCCCGGGCUACCCUGGGACCAUGGCAGAAAUGUGGUAGCUAGACUAGGUCUGGGGAAUCCCAGCAGAGUCCCGUGAUGGCCACGAUGUUCUCAAGUCUUCCCUUCCCCAGUAGGCCCUCCCCUUCCAAAGGUACCCUGGUUCAUUCCCCAUUUUCAAGGCUCCCCUUUCCUCUGACUGUGCUCCAAGAACAGUCCUGUCAGAAGAGCUUGUUGCUGAGGCUUUCUGGUGUCCUCUGGGGACAUCGAUGCAGCAGCAGCCCCCCGGCAGGGAUGGGGGGCAUUGUUAUCACCCCCUCUUACAGAUGCGGCUGUCAGGACUUGGAGCCUCCAGCCGGCGGGGGGGAGAAGCAGGACUCUGAGGCCGGGGAGGGGCUGAGAACCCCAGGGCGAGUGAGGUGGCCUUACCUCCUGCCCCAGGGCUCCCACCCAGGCUGGAUCGCACACUUCAUCCCUUCCUGUCUGUGUCCGGGCAUCCACCUUGGCUCCCACUGGACAAAAGAGUUCCCGAGGGUCACAGUGCCCUCACCGCCUUGUCCUCCUUUCCACUGUAUGAACGUGCUAACCCCCUUUCCUCGCUGGUCUCGUGAUUUCAACGACAAAUGAGGCUCGGGGACAUGUAACGUCACACAGGACUGCUCCCUAGCAGACACUUCAUUCUCUUAGCUUCAGACUGAGCCGCAGCCGCCCCCGGGGGCCUCUGCUAGCAGCUCUUGUAAAGUGCUAGAACUUUGCUUCUUUGUGACUAGUGGACAGAGUCAGGCAGGAGGGCAGCUGCCUCCCUCCCUCACAGGGGCUGGGACCUGCACAAUGGCUUGGGGCUCUCU